UAUAUAUGUACACAUCCAACUGAACUGGCCGGUGGUGAGCUUAGCACACUACAGACUACAGCUAGCUAGGUAGAGGCAGUUGCUCGAGAUGGGAGCGCACGAGCCACUGCAUCCCCACAAGCAGAUGAGGACAUCGUCGUCUUCUUCCAAAGGCGGGUACUUCGUGCCCAGAUCCGUGUGCGCUUGGCUUGUCUGCGGCUUCGUCGCCUUGGCCCUCCUCCACGUCCUGUGCUGCACUCCCCCCGGCACUCAAGAAGCCGUGUUGUCUCCCCUGCUGCAGUACGUCGACGACACAUACAACUUCGUCUCAUCUGGGCCGCAGAGCUGCAACUACACGGAGGGGAGGUGGGUGUACGCGCCGGGCCACGCGCGGCGGUACAACGGCACGGAGUGCCACGUGAAGGACAGCCACGACUGCAUCCGCAACGGGCGGCCCGACACGGGCUACCUGGACUGGCGGUGGCAGCCGGCGGGGUGCCGGCUGCCGGCGUUCAGCGCCCGGGCGUUCCUCUCGGCGGUGCGCGGCAAGCACGUGGCCUUCGUCGGCGACUCCAUGUCGCGGAACCAGGCGCAGUCCCUGGUCUGCCUCCUGGGCGCCGCCGUCCCGCACCGCGUCGUGUACCGGGACCCGGACCCGCGCAAGUUCAACCUGUGGCGCUGGGCGUUCCCGGCGUACGACGUGACGGUGUCCUUCUACUGGGCGCCCUUCGUCGCCAGGGCCACGGGCAAGGCGCUGAACGACAGCCUGCCGCAGAACAUGAACCACGUGCACCUCGACGCGCUCGACGACCGGUGGGCGGCCGACGCCGACACCAUGGACGUGGUGGUCUUCUCCAUCGCGCACUGGCCGCUGAACGGCGCCAUCUACUACAACGGCAGCGCGCGGAUCGGCCACCACGGCCACCAGGAGCUCAGCCCGGAGGAGGACAUCGGCUACGCCUGGCCCAUGAAGGUGGCGUACCGGAUGGCGCUGGACCGGCUGGUCUCUGGCGCUGGCGCCGACGGCGGCCGGGCGCGGACCGUGGUCAUCGCCACCUUCUCGCCGGGCCACUUCGAGGGCAACACCCUGACCACCAUGUGCCCGAGGAAGGAGCCGUACAAGGAGGGGGAGAAGGAGCCGCGCCACCUCGACAUGGAGCUGGUCGGCCUCGUCUACGAGGAGGUGGAGGCGGCGAGGGCCAGGCAUGGCGGCGGCGCAAGCAGGGUGGAGGUGCUGGACGUGACGAAGCUGGCGGUCAUGCGGCCCGACGGCCACCCCGGGCUUUACAUGCACCGCGACCCGUUCGCGCACGGCGGCCCGCAGCCGUGGAUGUCGUCCGACUGCGUCCACUUCUGCCUGCCCGGCCCGGUCGAUACCUUCAACGAGAUACUGCAGCAGAUCAUCAGGAAGAAGGGGUGAAAUUAAUUGAGAGUUGACACUGGAUCGUAAACUACUAAUAUCAAUGGGUCUCAUCUCAUGUUUGAGAUUCCUGUCGGUCGUGGUGAGGUAGCUGGACGAAUGGAUCCAUAGAUCUCUUGCUUCGUUUUGAUUAUAUACUCCACUCACGUAGAUCUCUAUGCGUCUUGUCCUUCGCUAAGCAUUUAAUUUUGGUCAUAGAUUUGAGGUAAAAUAAUCAUUUCUCCUUGGGCCCGGCCAUUUGA